GUUUGUUCCUGCCUACCGUUUCCUCCUCUCAGUCGCACAAACAGCUACUUUAGUGGAAAUAUUAAACCAGAGUAUUUAGCACACCAAGGCAGCUCAUAAAAAUCAGUAAGGACAAAGUUUCAAGGGCCAUUUCAGUAAGCCUGUAAGCAACACAGUUCUUCUAUCAUGGUUGAAAACAUCGUCACGAAGCCUCUCGGGUUAGUUUUGAUCAUCACAGCUCACAUGAUAUUCAAUGUCCAAAGCCGAGCGGAGGUCACUGGGAUUGCUGGCACUAACAUCACCCUUGAAUUCAUAUUUAACGUCACCCUCACAGAAAAAAGUCAUUUUGCAGUUUAUUUUAACAAGACAAAGAUAGCUGAGUAUUUAAAGGGUGCUGAGGGAGAUGUUUCUGUUAAAAAUACUUCUGUAUUUUGGUGCAUUACAAAUCUCAAAGCAUAUCACAGUGGAAAAUACUACGCCAGUGAAUUCAUGAAUGGAUUUGGUCAAGAAAGCAGUUCGGUGCAGCUGAACGUCCAAGAUGAGCCCAGAAGUAGCACAGGUCCUCCCAUGCAUAGUACUCCCUCAACAACACCUGAAGACAGUGGAAGUUCCUAUGUCAUCUUCAUUCUUGUGGUUUCACCUGUAGUGCUGUUGGUUGCAGUACUUCCAUGUUUGAUCUGGUGUCUCGUGAGAAGCAGAGACAAACAACAAGAACCACCACCACCACAAAGCUCGUAUCCCACAGUACAAGAAACAGAGGCAUACAAGAAUGUGCAUGGGCCCUCACUGGUCUACAGCGUCCUGGACUUUCCCAAGAGACCUUCAGCAGUUAUGGAGAUUAAUCCCAAUGAUACCGAGUACGCUGCUGUCAGUUAUCUUCCAGAAAAUAGAAGAGUGUGACACUCAUCUGAACGUAAAGCAGCUGGUCUUUCUUGGUUUGAGUAUGCAAGAUGACAUAUAAUCUAAAAAUAUAUUUCUAUUAAGUGUGAUAAAUACUUUUUUUUAUAAAACAAUGAUGGCUCCUCACUGCCUGUAGGGUCUUUGCAAUAAUAAGCACAAGUGUUUAGAGGGCACGAGUCACUGAUCUGCAUGGGCGGUAAAUAUGUAGGUGUGACGUUGUUCUUGGUGGUCUCGAAAUUGAAAUGUUGAGGCAGUUGGAUUCUUAUCGUUUUUUGUUUGCUCUUUACUUGUUUCAGCAGUGGGACAUAGAGUCACUGCAUUUGGGCCUCAUGGAUGAUCUAAAGGGGGAAAAUAUGGAGUGAUACUAAGUUGAAUGAAUAUGAUGAUAUUUCACUAUCCUGCUGACCUUUGUUUCACUAAAACUAACUUGGAUCCUUUUUAAUUGGUCGCUUCCCCUUAUCGCUGUUAACGGUGGAUAAAAAAAAGUGAAACUGAAUGAAUUCAUCCUAUUAACAAAUAUGUUAUUCCUCUAUGUUAUGGAAUUUUCUAUUCUUAGGUUACACAAGGUCACAUGUGGGUGUUGAGUUCCUCAGCAGUAUUAAUUGUUUGGCUUCGAUUGGGAACAGUAGGUGCCAGUCUAUCU